UUGAAUAAAUAAUUUCAGGAGUUAAAUGUGGAUAAGCUCAGUCUCUCUAGUCUGUAACCGUCAAAGCUCUCAGCAGAGGAUGGCCGGAGCUACUUCCACCGCCACCGAUCUACCGUUAAAAAUCAUAACCGGAGCUGAUGCGUUCGGAGCGAGUCUCAAGGACGCGAUGGUGUCCCACAUCCGCUCCCUCGGCAUAGACGUCGAAGACACCGGCGUCUCAUCCUACUACUCCGCCGGAUCCGAAGUCGGCCGCCGCGUCUCCUCCGCCUCCUCCGAAGUCCGCGGCCUGGUCUGCUGCGGGACCGGCGUCGGAGUCGCGAUGUUCGCCAACAAGUUCCCGGGAGUCUACGCCGCCACGUGUCUCACCGUCGAAGACGCCGCGAACGCCAGAUCGAUCAGCGACUGCAACGUCCUCGCGCUCUCCGGCGCGAAAACCUCGCCGGAAACCGCGGCGGAGAUCUUCGACGCGUGGAUCGGAACUCCGUUCAAAUCACCCUGCCCCGCUUCCGGAUCGGAGCCGUGGAGCUCCGAGAUCUCCUCCUUCCUCGACAGCUCCCUCUCCGAGAUGAGUCAAAUCGGAAAACCAACCGCCGGCGAUCAGGAAUCAGCUUCUUGUGCGAUCUGCUGCUUGGCGAAGAACAGAGAGUUCGCUCCGGUGGAGAUCAUGCCUGGAGGAUCGAUGAAGAUCGUGAGGGAGACUCCGGCGACGUCUGCGAUCGUGAGGUUUAAAGCAGGGAGUGUGGAGCCGGCGCACCACCACACGUUUGGUCAUGGUCUUGUGGUUAUUAAAGGGAAGAAGAGUGUGUGGAAUGUGAGUAAGAAGGAGAGAGCUGAUCUCGUUGAGGGUGAUUAUCUGUUCACUCCGGCUGGUGACGUUCAUAGAGUGAAGUAUCAUGAAGACACUGAGUUCUUCAUCGCUUGGGAUGGUCUUUGGGAUAUCUUCCUUGACGAAGAUCUCGUGACUGCAAAGAAAGCUAUCGAAGAGGAAGCUUCUUGAAGCUGAAGAAAGUUUGAUCCUUUGUGUGUUAUAAUGUAAGAAUCUUUGAAUUCAAGAGAGUGUUGUGAUAAUAAUAAUACAAAAUGUCUUCUCUUGUGAACACUAUAAGAGUUUUCUACA